UUGUUGUUGUUUUUUGCUUGAAGGUGGUGGGUUUGUUUAUUGUUUUGUGCAACUCAAGAAAUAUGCAAAUGCAGUAGCAAAGUUGUUUAGUCAGAUACCAAGCCGUGAAAAUUAAAUACGUACUAAUAUUCGUGUACGAAGUCUAGCUUUGAACAUUCGUAUCAGUUUAGUUGGUAAUCUACACCACAUAAGUUUAUUGACAACGUGCCAAGACGGGUACCAGCGGUUAUUUUCCUUAGCAACCUCAAAUCAAAAUGGCGACUGAAAUUAUUUGGGAACUAAGUUUUCGGUGUGAGUUUUCGUCUGCAUUUCAUUAAAUGGCAUUAAUAUCACCGACAAACAGUGAUGACAUGAUGUAAUAUUAUCGGUGGUACUUCAUUUAUAAAAUAGUUGAUUUAUUUUAUUUGCUUGUCGUGAUCGUUACCGAACAUUUUGAACUUCGUGUGUGUGAGAGACUCCGACCGAGAGUCAGACUCAGAGAGAGUGCGAGUUUGCAAUGGCGACUGGUGCCGUACAGAGACCGCCUGUCCCGGUUGUAAAACAUGUCAUUCGAGAUGAUGACAUUGCUACCAAACAGGGUGUUAAGAUUCAAGCAGUCAACUACAGCAAAGUGAUCAAACUUCUGACAGAUCCUCACUCGGCAACAUUAUUUGAGAGACAUCUGAAUUCUUUGCAGAAGCUGAUUCGACACUACCAAGCUGGAUUUCUGAUGAAAGAUCUGGUACAAGUGUUCAAGAUUCUUAACGUCUGCGCUGAUCGAGUCAAUGAGCAUCCAAUCUACACAAAGCCGAUGCUGGCCAUUCUUAAGAUAGCAAGCCUUCCUUUUUUGAAAGAGAAAACGUCUGAUGGCACCGCUUACACCCAGAUUGUAGUGGAAUCCAUUUCGCAAUUGGGUUAUCUUAUGCGAGUUCCAAGCAAGGAGAUACGUCUCCAAUUAGCGUCGUCUCUUCUUAGCAUCUUCUGUAAUGAGUUGCCUAAGCAAGAUGUUCAAGAUCAUCAAGCUGCCUCCAGGGACUACAACAUGGCAAUGGUGGAGAAGAGUGAUGUAGCUGAGACGCUCGUUAAGUCUCUGGCCCUUUUGGAACAAGACAUUGAUGUUAAGCUACAUAUCUUAGAUCUACUGCAGAAUCUAUCAGCAUUCUCGGGGCCUAACUGUGACAAGAUGCUCGCUGCCGAAGCUGCUAGUCGUAUCUGCAGUCGGAUGAAUGACCCUGAACCUAGUGGCAGGUUAUUAUUCCGUUCCAUUGAGAUCUUAUGGAAUCUUCUCGAGAAUGGUGAUAAGGAGGAGGUUGCCAGGCAACUCAGUUCAUUCGUCUGCAUCAAAGCACUUCAAGAGGCAUUCUCACAGCAAAUGACGUCUGGUUUCAGUCACUUUGAUCGGCAAUUAAGGAAUGACUUGUUAGUCAUUACUACUUUAGUUGCUACUGUCUGUGAUCAAGCGCCAUUCAUUGAGACAGGUUUUGCCAAGCAGCUUAUUCUCUUUGCAACAUUUCAAGAAGUACGAAGCCAUAAUGCCCUGGUUAGACAUCUGAAACUUGGCACGAGUAUUGAAGAUUUUGAGUUGAAGAAACUACUGAUCAACAUCAUCGUAGUCUUGUCCAAGGAUAUCUCAAUGAUUCCUCUCCUUUCUGAAGGUCAUAUCCUCCUUGCCCUCUUCUCUUACGUCCGAGGCAACGAGAACGUCUCACAGCCUCAGGAAUGGAGUCCUAGUCAGCUUGAGGAGAUUCAGCUUCAUGCUAUGAGUGCGCUGUGUACCAUUGCACCCCUGUGUGUGCAAGAUUACAUGACAUGUCAAGGAAAUACUAGACUGCUAUUACUCUUGGAAUGGUGUGUCGGAAAAGAGGAUUUUGCUGGUCAUGGUAAUGCUUUCCAUGGUUACGGAGGCCGAGGGAACAAACGAGCCCAGAUGAGAUUCUGUCUUCAUCUGAUGAGGAGUAUUGUUAGCCUGGGGGAGUCUUCCGUUUUACAAGACUUUGUAGAUCAAGGAGCUAUUAGUCAAUGUCUUGAUAUCUUAUUAAGUGCCAGUCAUUCUGUAACUGAAGAUGAUGUGAUCGAUGUUGAGAUGCAGUCUGAUAUGCUGUCAAUCAUCUCAGCAGUUUCUGAAGGAGAUGUUCAUCGGAAGGAGCUGUUUGGAGAGACAGGAGUCAAGGUAGUUCUGAAGUAUUUGAUGACUGAUCCUAAGAAGCUUUGUCGAGGUCUUGGUUAUCAUCGCAUGAUGCUUUCUACUGUAGAUGCCAUCUGGUGCUGCGUUGUUGGAGCUUAUCUUAAUGAGGAUAUGUUUCUUGAAGGUCAAGGCGUCUUCUACCUUUUGGAUUUACUGGAGUCUUGCUCUGCUAAUAUGCACAACUUGAUCCUUGGUUGUCUCUUGGAUCUGUGUGAAAAUGCUAAGACAGUGGCUCAUAUGCUGGCCUGGCGUAGCAACAAAGACACCACAGUGGCAACGUUACUUAUUAAGAUCUGGAAGCAAGAGGAACAAACCCUCGGUGUUCCAAGAGAACAGAAUGGAACCAUCGCAGAUACUAAGAAACCUCUGAUGGGAGCAGUCCAAGAUAAAGCUGGUAUCGUUCCACUUCCUGCAAACUCACGCAGUCAAGCCAUUGUAGAUGUCUGUGAGAAUAUGAGGGCCAAGGUCUAUGCCCUCUUCUGUAAAAUUGGUUUUGAAGAUCACCCUACCUUGUCUACACCAGACCAAGUAACCUUGUGUAUCAUAGAGAAGUAUCUUGACUUUAAACAAGGAGAGGUCUGGAAGGAGAUUACAUCCGAGCUGGAGCAAGAAGGGGUACGCCCUGUCACCCCAGAUCAGGAAGCUUUGUCAAUCAUUAAUAAAGCCACAGAGGAGCUGGCAAUCAACGUGGCGGACACACAGGUUGACUUCCUUGAAUCACAGCAACAGCAAGAUCUACUGGAAGAACAAGAGAUGUAUGCUGAGAUUCGGGAGAACCAUCGCCAGAAAGAGAAGUCUAUAAAGAGAUGGAAUACCUACAUUGCUCGCACGUCAAACUACUCUAUGCUUAAGGCUGCAAAGACGAGUCAGGACCUGAGCAUCACAGCGUCCAGGAUACAGACAGAAUUUCUGGAAUCGGAUACUUUUCAUAAGACGGAUCUAGCCGAACUUCAAACAACGACAUUUCAAAGUCGUCAUAUAAAUAUUGACAGCACUCCAUUGGAGCUGACCGGUGGACCAACCCUCCUUGGUCAACAAAACGAUAGAGAGAUGACCAACAGGGUUACAAUGAAGGACCACACACCAAUAUUUGUGUCGUAACUAAAAAAUAUAAGACAAUGAGUAGUUGUUUACAAUAUGUCAGUAUUGAUAAAGGUGGAGAUGGGAUCAAUGUGAUUUGUCUGCUCGCCCUUCUGUUGCAAAACAGCCUUACUGACACAUUUUUGUUUUAUUUAAGAUCUUUACUGGGCAAAUUGGGGGGUGUUUUUUUUCUCAGUUUCAAAGUUUCAAAGGUAUACUAUGUAGGGAUGAUGUCCUAUCUCAGCCUCUUUGUACAUUUGGUCCCAUUUUUUUAUUGGUAAAACAGCCCAUCUCUGCACUUGCUUUUCUCAUGGAAGGGGCGUGCAGUUUAGAUAUCCAAUAAACUGAUGUUUAGAUUCAUAACGUUUUUCCCGGAUGACUGGUACUGAACUCUUUUGAAGGAUGGAAGAAAAUGUUUUUUUUGUAUGUACUCGAAAAGUGUCAUCAUUCGUACAUACUUCCCAUAUGUUAUCACGAGAGGGCAAUAUCACUCAAGAAAUACUUCGGAAUUUUGGAUGGACCAAGGCAACACAAAGUUACAUUUUGUUUGGUGAGAAAGAUUCAUUUAUUAUUUCUUAUAAAGAAUUUUGAAAACGCUAAAAAAGCUGGGCAUUUGGGGUUCAAAAUGCAACAAGAAAACGGGCACUGAAAGAGCUGAACAAAACAUCUCUGUCUGGUGGGUGUCAAAGUGUUCUGGUGUAUUUUUUCAGCCUUCAUUGUUCUGUUCAUAGUUUAUGAUUGAAGUUUGGGAAACAGACACAAAUUUUGAAAGGUGUAUGUUGUAUAUUUUGUAAAUAAAAUGUUUCCAAACUGUUUCCUAAUGUUUGUUAAUUAUCACUAUGUAUAUAAAGAACAGUUGAUAAAAAAACAAUCAAUAUUUACAAAAGGGUUUGGUUAGAUCCUUGUCUGGGAAAUAAUUGAUGAAGAAAUGUAAAUAGGUGUAAAAAGUCAUAUUUGACAAAGUUAGAAAUAAGAAAAUAAAUAAUCCUUAAAAACACUUUUUUGCAGAAUGGAGAAUCGAAGUAUACUGACUGACUCAUAAUUUCACAAUCACAUUAUAUUUACAUUACAGGGAUUGCUGUUCACAAUUGUACGUUUAUGGAAAGACAGUUUAAAACUAAAUGUAAAUAAUAAUCCGUCCAUAGAAUGUGUAAUUUAUCCGAAGACUUAUCUUUAUCUUUAUUAUUUCUAAUUUUAACAAUGUGUUUUUGUUGCGAAGUAAUUGACACAAAAGUUUUUAAGUUUGUAUUUUUUUAAUGAUUUCCUGCGCCGUCCAAACACAAUAAAAUGUUUAUUAAUUGGAGUACA